UUAUUACACUACUAAAUUAGUCUGUGGUUUGGCUUUUUCACUCUACCAACUUCUCAACCUGAAGCAUCACUAAUAAUUAAAAAAAAAUCUCCCUCCUACCGUUUGAUUAGUUUUAAGUCUUAUUUUCCUCAUAUUCCUCAUAUUUUCCUCCCUUAUUUUAAGGACAUUUCAAAGUGUAAUGAACAAAUAAAUUAUAAUUAAAAGUUGAGAUAAUAUUCACAAGUAAAUUCACAAGCUACAAAGAAGUAUGUAAUUAAGGUUAGCUCCACUUUUACCUGCUGUAACAUUCACUUUACAUGGCUACAUCGGUAACGAUAAUUCAACAUUAAAUGAGCGAUUCUGCAUCAUGAGUACUUUCAUUUGGUAAAAUACUUGGUACAUUAUGCUCACUUUGAUGCAAAUAGUUUCGUACUUUUCUUGAGUAAAAUUUUGCUUGACUUACUUGAAAACGUACUAUUUAUACACUGUGGUACCACUGCUUCUUUUACUUUAAAAGCAAAAGGUCUGAGGACUUCUUCCGCCAAUAACAUGCACUCAAAGUACUACUACUUUUACCAGUCGUGUUUGGCUCAGCAAUGUUGUUUAAUCGUUUGACAACGACUUCUAAUAAAAUUUACAUUGCAUUUCAGAUAAGUUUGUUAACAGUUAUGUAAUUUUACAAAAAAUGUCAGAAAGUUACAAGGCACAAUGUCGUAAUAGUAUUUAUUUAGUCAUGUAAUAUCUCAGGAUGACAAUAAGAACAUAAAUGUUGAGCCAGUGGACAUGCGCAGUGGCUCUCUGCCUGCCCGCUGUGGUUCAGUCGGUCAGCUGGUUGAAUCUCAGCGACAGUGAUUGCUGGACUGUGCGGGAGAAGAUGUGUGAAGUUGGGGAUGUUAACUGUCCGUCAGUCGGCUCCGAGGAGGCAGAGAGAAGUUUGCGGGACUUCAGAGACAGUGGUGGAGAAUAUGUGAAGUUCUCCAAAGAAAAAUUCUGGUUGGAGCCGCCAUCAGAGAAACAGAGGAAACAGCUGGAGGAGGAGCUGAAGUUGAGCGGCACCAACCUGAAGAGCCAUGCCUGGUAUCAUGGACAUAUACCCUGGGAGGUGUCAGAGAGCCUGGUGGUGAACCACGGCGACUUCCUCGUCAGAGACUCUCAGUCCAGUCAAGGUGACUUUGUCCUCACUAGCCGCUGGGAGCAGAAAACACUUCACUUCCUCAUCAGAAAGACGGUGGUCCAGUCGAGUGAGACGUAUACUCGGGUCCAGUACGGCCUGGAGAGCGAGGCCUUCGACUCUCUGCCAGCUCUUGUUCACUUCUAUGUGGGCAGCAGGGCGGCUCUGACCCAGUGGAGUGGAGCUCAGAUUCACCGUCCCGUGAACAGGACGCUGCCUCUCAGCUACCUGGAGAUGGCCUUCUGCACCGCCGUCAGCCCGCCGACCUGCCACAGAGGGCCGAUGAACAGCAACGUGAACAGACAGGAGAGGGUCGGUCCAAGAAGUCCUUCCUCUGUCCACCACAGGAAGGCAGACGUAAGCAUGGAGCAGGGUGACCAGCCUCUGCAGACUGCAGGAGAAUCCUCACUCUGUAUUCCACACAGCAGCUCUCCACAGUCUAGAAGCCCGAGCGUUAGCCGGGCGGGCAGCGUGGCUCCAUCCCCGUCCCUCUCCAGGCGCUUGGAUACCUCCCGACCCCUGCCAUCUGCCGACGCCUCCAUCCACACACAGCUUAACGACACACCCCAGCCUCAUGUGAACCAGGACUCCUCAUCCUCUGAGGCAGGUGGAAGCUGCUACACAGAGCUGUAUCCGGGCCCUCAGAGCUACGUGGAGAGGCUGUGGGCGGAGGAAGGGUCACUGGGCACCGAUGCACUGAGGGUGGAGGAUGGGAAUGUGUACUUCUCUCCAGUAGUGGAGACAGUCUCUUCUUUCAAACCAAGCAGGUACCAGUCGCCACUGAUGCCCAAGGAGAAUAAACCUUUGGAGGUGGGCAUCCUGCGGAAGGUGAAGGAGCUGCUGGCCGAGAUUGACCCCAGGGCAGCGGCCAAGCAUAUCACCAAGGCUGACUGCACGGUGGCCAGAAUUCUGGAGGUGACUCCAGAGGUGCAAAGGAUGAUGGGAGUUACCUCUGGGAUGGAGCUGCUCACGUUGCCCCAUGGCCAACAAUUGAGACUAGACCUGCUGGAGAGGUUCCAGACCAUGGCGACCAUGUUGGCUGUGGAUGUGCUGGGCUGCACGGGGACUACUGAGGAGAGGGCCAGUCUGCUACACAAAAUCAUCCAAAUCGCCGCUGAACUCAAGGGCACCAUGGGCAACAUGUUUGGCUUCGCAGCUGUCAUGAGAGCCUUAGACCUGCCGCAGGUGUCCCGUCUGGAGCAGACCUGGACAGCUUUGCGGCAGAGACACACAGAAGGCGCUAUUCUUUAUGAGAAAACUCUGAGGCCAUUUAUGAAGAGUCUGAACGAUGGGAGAGAAAGCUGUGCACUGUCCAACACCACCUUCCCUCAUGUCCUACCCCUCCUGUCUCUGCUGGAGAAGAACGCAGCAGUGAGUGAGGGGACAGAUCCGUGGGAGACGGUGGAAGUCGGGGUGGAUGUGGUCAUGUUCCACCUGGGCGCGGCGAGGACUUUCGCUCAGCUGGGGGGCAUCUAUCGUUCCAACGCCGAGAGCAAACUCAAAUGCUUCCAGGAACAGGCGGAGGUAAUGGAGCUCUUCCUGACUGACUUCCAGAUGAGGCUGCUGUGGGGGAGCCGGGGAGCCCAGGAGAGCCAGGAUCUGCGAUACGCCAAAUUUGACCAGGUGCUGACCGCCCUGUCCAACAAGCUGGAGCCACCUGUCAGACCGCACUGACCUCAGACCUGUCUUUAAUAACUUUGUCUGCUUGUGACGGGCUCCCUGUCAUGUUCUCAUUCCUACAUGGGAAAGUCUGCUGGGCGCUGAGCAGUUCCUCCUGGCAGCUGGGAUUCUGAUGAUCUUCCACUCGCCUUUGAGCAAGUCAUGAAAGGGGAAAACAGAAUGUUUGAACCAGGAAGACUCCCGGCACGAGCCCACUUUGUGAGCCUUUAGACUCUAGGCAUUUAAACCAGCGCCCCAUCUUUGUAGGUCAAAACCUGCCCUUAAAAGUAAGAGACUGCGACAGUUGGAGGUGAAACUAACUCUUCAGUCUUGUGUCUCUGGAGCUUGUUGGGAUUCAGAUUCUUGUUCAAAAUCACAUUAGUGGGAUGAAUGUUAUCAUCUAAUUCAUUCUCCUGGUAAAUUUCUUAUAACAGUAUGUUUGGUACCUUUGAUGCUGAGCCCACCUGAGCUCGAGCUCAAGACCACCCAGCGCAGCUUUAAUUAUACAAGUCAGUUGUUGGUGGAUGGUGGAGAAGUGGGAGCAUGAGGUAGUACUGCACCGUGGAGGACAAAAAUACAAACCAAGAAGCUGCAGAAAUUACAGUCUCAUGUCCUCAUCACAGUCUCAUUUACCACUAUCUAUAUAUUCUUAACUGAGGACUUGUACCACUUUAAUGUUCAGUGUGUCCUCAGAAAUUAACUUUAUCCUGCCAACGUCGGUUAUUUCAUAUGUUAUCGUUUCUUUUUCUUUCAGACACAAUGAACCAAAAUGUGAACUUGCAAGAUGUCAAUGUAAAUAUGCAACACUGUGCCAGGUUCUGUUGUGCUUCCCUGGAUCUGUUUUCAAGAAAAUAGUUCCUGAGAUGAGGCUGUGCCUCAGUCUGCUUGGUACAUUUAUAGAAAUGAGUUUAUGUCUGCCUGAAGGCUGGACCUUCCCUAAAUCUACAACUGUAUGACCUUUAUGUCAUAUUGUACAACCCAGUAACAGAAUAACAUUCUAUCCACAUUUGCAUAUUUUGUAGUAUGUUUAUCAC